ACAACGACCUGCUAACGAAAAUGGCGACUGAAUACACUCACAAUGGGAAGUUGAGCGAGGAUGAAACCUCAGAAAGUGAUGCAAAUGUCCAAGAAAUAGAUGAAGAUAUUGAGGUGGAAGAAGAGCCAGAAGCAGACUUUCAAAUCAGCAAAGAAAAGAAAAAACAUAAACACAAACACAAGAACAAGAACAAGCACAAACAUUCUAAGCAUGGAGAGAAGCGAGACGAGAAAAAGAAACAUAAACAUAAGAAGAAAAAGAGUAAGAACAGUAAGAAUGAAAAGGAAGGGAGAUCUUCUAAAAAGAUGAAAAUUGAUGACUCUGUUGAUUUAGAGAAAUUAGAGGCUGCCAGAGAAGCUCUGAGAGAGGUCCUGCAGUCAGAGAGCAAUGGAAAUAUCAUUGAUUCUAAUCCAAUGGAGCUGAUAGCACAAGGAUACGGGACUGAUUCAGAGGAAGAGGGAGAGGUGGACUAUGAAGAAACACAGAAAGAGAAGAAAAAGAGACUAGAGUGCCAGAAGAUGCACCGAAUUCGUAGAGAGAAGGAGAAGGAAGAAAAAGGAGCUGAUAAAAAGGAGAAACAGGUGGUUGAGGAGGAAAGUGGAGAUUCAGACUGUGAAAUUGUAUCUGUGGAAGCAGCUACUCGGAAAAUGCCCCCAAUUAGAACUCAGGGCAGUAUGUCCAAAGAGAACAAAAAGUCCAGGAAAGUAAGCAGUAGAGACACUGAUCGAAGAGAUAAAGACAGAAGAAAAACGUCAGAGUCUGAAGACUCCGUCAGAAGGGAUGAAAGAAGGCGACAGGAAAGAAGUAGUGAGCGGCCUCACAUGUCUAGAGAUAGGGAACCAAGGGAUAGGGAACCCAGAGAUAGAGAACUUCAUUCUAGAGAUAGAGACAGAUCCAGGGAGAGAGAACGAUCUGUCAGAGAGCAGGAGAGUAGGUUAAGAGAAAGGAGACUCUCUCCAAGUAGGGAAAGGAGUAGAGAUAGAGUUGGUAGAGAGAGAAGGAGUCGUUCUCCAGUUCGAAGAAGUCAAGAUCGAUCUAGAGAUGCAGACCGGGGCAAAGAAGGAGGAAUGAGUGCCAGAGAAAGAUUAAGAGAGGAGAGACUCAUUGAGGAAGAGAGACGCCGAAGGAACGGCGAGGAUGACGAUUCUCUGAGGCGUAAUGAUGAUGAUGACAGACGAUUUAGAGAUGAUAGGCGGGACAGAAGAUCCCCACCAAUCAGAUCAAUGGACAGGGGGCGGUUUGACAGGAGUAGAUCGCGGGACAGAAGAAGAGGCAGAAGAAGUAGAUCCAGGGACCGCAGACGGAAGGAUAAGAACGAGGAUAAAUUCAAAGGCAGCUUGUCAGAGGGAAUGGCCCUUCAGCAGGAGUCAGAUGAAGAGAUCAACAUUGAUAUCCCAGACGAUGACGAUGAUGAUGAAGAUACUUUGAUAGAGAAAAGAAGAAAGCAACGCGAGGCUCUUUUGCAGCGUUUAAAAACAGAAGAAGAAAGCCUACAGUCAGCUCCUUCACCUAAGCCUCCCUCACCUGCUCCAUUACCCUCAGCCCCUCAGUCACCCUCACCCUCUCCAUCAAGGUCACGGUCACCCUCCAGAUCAGAAUCUAGGUCAAGGUCUUACUCCCGGUCAAGGCCAAGGCAUCGUUCAUCCUCCAGAAGUUCUAGCUCUGACAGCAGCAGUUCCAGCUCCAGCUCGGAGUCCGACUCUGAAGAUGAUCACCCAAAAAGGAAGUCCAGAGGAAGCGAGGAUUACAGGAGGAGGAGAAAGUCCAAGAGUCCAGAUUACCACCGAGAGAAGAGGAAAUCCCAGAGUAAAUCCCAGAGUCCUGAUAUCGACAGGAGAAGGGAGGAAUCAAGUAGUUCAGAGUCAGAUGAUUCCGAUGACAAAAGAAGUGAAAAGGAUAAAAAGAGUGAAAGAAAGGGUAGCAUAUCUACUGAUCAGUCAAGAGAAAAGCCUACAAAGAAAGAGCAACAAUCUAAAGAUGCCAAAUCUGAUGCUGAUGGAACCACAAAAGAGGGUGAAAAGAAGAAGUCAAAGGCCGACAUGUUUGCUGACACACAGGAUAUGUUCAGUGAUGAUUACGCUUUGGGAAGUCCAAGCACAGUUUCAAGGUUUACUGGGCCGGUGGUGGAGAACCCCACCCUGAUUGACAACUGGGAUGAUGCAGAGGGCUACUACAGGGUGAGGAUUGGGGAGAUGCUGGACAAGCGAUACUCUGUGUAUGGAUACACAGGACAGGGUGUGUUCAGUAAUGUGGUCCGAGCCAGGGACGAAGCUCGAGGAAACAUGGAAACAGCCAUCAAAAUCAUCAGAAAUAACGAAAUCAUGCACAAGACUGGACUCAAAGAACUUGAAUUUCUCAGAAAACUUAACGAUGCUGACCCAGACGAUAAAUUUCACUGUCUCCGCCUUUAUCGACAUUUCUUCCACAAAAAUCAUUUAUGUUUAGUGUUCGAGUCUUUAAGUAUGAAUUUAAGGGAAGUCUUAAAGAAAUAUGGGAAAGACAUUGGACUUCAUGUAAAGGCCGUCAGAUCGUACAGUCAGCAGCUGUUUUUGGCCCUUAAGCAUCUCAAGAGGAACAGCAUUCUUCAUGCAGACAUCAAGCCUGAUAACAUUCUGGUCAAUGAAAGUAAACUUCACCUGAAGCUUUGUGACUUUGGAUCGGCAUCGCAUGUCUCGGAAAAUGACAUCACCCCCUAUCUGGUCAGCCGAUUCUACAGAGCUCCAGAAAUCAUCAUUGGAAUGGGCUAUGACCAUAAUGUAGACUUGUGGUCCGUGGGAACAACCAUCUUUGAACUGUACACAGGCAAGAUCUUGUUCCCUGGGCAGUCAAACAAUGAGAUGCUCAAGUUCAUGAUGGACCUGAAGGGAAAGUUCCCCAAUAAAAUCAUCAGAAAGGGUAUGUUUAGGGAUCAGCAUUUUGACAGCAACUACAACUUCCUGUAUCAUGAAGUGGACAAAGUCACACACAGAGAGAAAGUUUCCGUUCUGAGCACCAUCAGUGCCAGCAAGGACCUGUUUGCAGAGUUGAUUGGGUACCAGCGCCUCCCAGAAGACCAGCUAAAGAAAGUGCGGCAGCUAAAGGACCUCCUGGAUUCCACACUCAUGCUGGACCCCAGUAAACGCAUCUCCAUUAACCAGGCCCUGACGCACCCGUUCAUUCAGGACAGACUGUGAUCAAAGACUGUAUGUCUAGUGAGGGUAUAGGUUGUCGUGAGUGAAUGCACAUUAACCUGUGUAAUGAUAGGCUCAUAAAUACUGGCCUAUACACAGGGGACAUAUUAGGGGAGAGGAAAAAAUUGAUAGCACAAUGUGCUGGAAUUGUACAGAUUUGUUUGUACAUGAACUCCGUGAUUUGUGAGCGUUAUUGCCAGAAUGCUUGUACGGAAGUACAAGAAAGAGACUUAAUGUUUUGACUAUUUUAUUGCGAUUUUUGGAUAAAAAAAUGAUUGUCGAGACUGUAUGUGAUGUGUUUUACAUUUCAGUAUGAGCUACAAGCCUAGGGGCUCAAUGCCCCACAGACAGGAAAACUCUUUUGUAUAUAAGGUAACCAUACUGAACUCCGCUGACUGUGCAGUCAUCUCUGUAACAUUCAUGUGUUUUUAUUUGACAUACUGUAGGUAAAAUAGGUAAGAAAAGUUCCAAUUUUAUCUUAACAACAAUUUAAAAACAGUCAUUUCAAGAACGUUUACUUUAUUUUCAGUUUUUUCUUCAGAGGUCAUUAUUGUGUAAAUUUGUAUGUCAGUAUGUACACAAUUUAAAAUUGAAAACUAUUAUUUCAUAAUUUUAUUGUAUUCAAAGAUAUUGAAUAUUUGAAUAAAUUUAGUUUGCUCUAAAAAUAUAUUUCUUAAAAGAUUUUGGAACUUGUUUUGUUCCAGACAUGAUGGUAUAAAUACAGAAAAAAGUUUGAUCCUGAUUGUGAUAACUUCAGCUCAUGUGUCAAAGAUAAGUGAAAACCAAGAUGCUGCACUUUGAUUUAAUUUUUUCAAAUGUUAGGAAAAAAAACCUUAUUUCCUCUUCAUUUGUUUCCUCUAGCCCCAAUGCAUAAAAAUCUUUUCUUACAUUUAUAUAUUUGCCAAGAUAUUAGGGAAAAAAAAAUAUCAGAUAUAUGAGAUAUAUUAUAGAAAAAAAUAAGAUAUAUGACUUUUUUUUUUGGUAUAUGUUUUGAUUUCCAUGUUUUGUCUUUGUUAUGUAUUGAUUUCUUUGUAGUUUUGAAAUAAAUAUCUGAUGUCAA